CGGUUACCAUAUCAUUUCAGAGUAUCUGCAUGAGUAUCUGCAUAUGAUGGCAAACAAAUAUCAAAUGGUAGAGGAAAAAACAUUGUAAAUUCAUUACAUUCAGUGUGUUCAUUUUCUAUUCUGUGUUACAUUAAUUCUCUAGGAAAUUAAUAAACAGGUUGUCACAACACUGCCAUUUGUGCGUAAAGCAGCUGACCUCAGGUCGCUUAAUUUCUGGUUCUAGUUAAUUGCUCUCCACUCUCCCUCGCUCCAAAUUAUAUUAUUUCAUUCAUGAGCACCGACGUCGUACUAUUCAUAUUCUAAAUGGUAAAAUGACUCACAUCUACAUGGACCACAUCCUAUAAAUACGGAUUCUACUCCCUCUUGGUCAUCUGUGCACAGGCUGUCACAACAAGAGGAGGAAACUGAAGAUUAACCUUCGUGUAACAGCCAAGAGAGAAGACUUGUGCAAACAAACAACAAUAGAAGGAACAGAAGAAUAUCGAAGUAAUCCAACUGGAGUUAUAAAAAUUGUAAAAUGUCACUAGUGGGCGCCCUGCCUUUCCUGAAACCGCGACUAUCCCCUUCUGUUUCUCCUGGGCGCCAAAGAAGACACACACUGCCAGCAAGCGAGUUCCGACCGCUCAACACGCAAGAUGCCAUCAGCGUGUUCGAAAUCGAGAAAGAGGCCUUUAUCUCUGUGUCAGGAGACUGCCCGCUCCACCUUGAUGAGGUGCGUCAUUUCCUCACGCUGUGUCCAGAGCUGUCCAUGGGCUGGUUUGAGGAGGGGAGACUAGUAGCCUUCAUCAUUGGGUCCCAAUGGGACCAGGACAGACUCACCCUAGACGCCCUAACUCUUCACAAGCCCAAAGGUUCCACAGUUCAUAUCCAUGUGCUGGCGGUCCACCGGACCUUCCGGCAGCAGGGAAAGGGCCCUAUCCUGAUGUGGCGCUACCUGCAGUACCUACGCUGCCUGCCCUAUGUGCGCCGUGCAGUGCUCAUGUGCGAGGACUUCCUGGUUCCCUUCUACCAGAAGUCUGGCUUCAAGGUGCAGGGCCGCUGUUCCAUCACGGUGGCAUCACUGACCUUCACAGAGAUGCAGUACCCUGUGAGGGGCCAUGCCCUGAUGCGGCGCAACAGUGAAGCUAUUGGUUUUCCUCAGAAUGUGUUAUUAUUGGAGGAACAGACUCAGAGGCUUGAGUCUGUGUUAUUAUUGGAGGAACCGAUUCAGAGGAGUGAGUCUGCAUUGUUAUUGGAGGAACAGACUCAGAGGCUUGAGUCUGUGUUAUUAUUGGAGGAACAGACUCAGAGGACUGAGCCUGCAUUGUUAUUGGAGGAACAGACUCAGAGGACUGAGUCUGCUGAUGUGUAAAUCCUUUUUUUACUGAGUAAGAUAUUAGAUUCCUGCUGUACAUAUCAACUAUAAUGUAAAAUAAAGUGAUGUAAACAUUUACAUGCAUAUCUAAGAUGGUAGUCUAAAGUGCACACCAUACAUGCAUGACCAAUGCAGGGAGUCUUUAAGCUUUAUUACAAUGUUUUAAUUUCAGAUACCUAACGUUAUUUAAUAUGUGAAUAUUUCAACGUUAACUAGCUACAUGCUAAUGAAUGUUAGAACAAAUAUUGUGUGACUUCUGUCUGUGUGAGAUGAUAUUUUUACUGCAAAUGUUCCCGUUUUAUUUAUUGUACAUUAUGUCUGAAGGUUUGGGUUGCAAGCCUCUCCUCUCUGACGGUAUAUGGACUGACGUCACUGACUACCAGGCUUUAGCAGCUCAAACGUGCCUCCUUAUCUCUAUUAGUGGGCAUUAGGUAUACUGUAAACAUCUGAGGAUUUACAAGAGGAUCCUUUCAUUGGACUGCCAGUAGAUCUAGUGACUUAACAAGCCCGUUUUCAUACAAUGAGAAAAGUAGGCUACAUCCACACCAAUUUGGAUUAAUUUGUUACUGAAACUGUUUGUCUAUUCAUUUCCCUUUGGGUCAUAUGUGCAGAGUGUUAAUCAAACCAUGUAAUAUAUUCUCUUACUCCACCAGAACCUGUCUUACCCUUGAAACCAAUCAUAUCUUUAAUAAAUAUGUUUUUGUACUGUUUUUGUUAUUAAAAAAUAUAAUAAAGAUGAUAAUGUAUUAA